CGAUCACGUGGUCAUGACAUCACAAAGGUCCUUCAUACUACCAAGCUGUGUCAGGUCCUGUAACUCUGCCUUUCCGGCCGGGUGUGAGGAGGUUGUCAGCAAUGUAAGGUGUAGCCAUUAACCAUGACGGAGAAGGACUGGUACAGCAUACUGGGGGCACGUCCAUCAGACAGCCCGGCGGAGCUGAGGCAGAAGUAUCAGAAGCUGGCUUUAUUAUACCAUCCAGAUAAGCAACGCCGAGAUAUCUCUGCCGAACAAGAGGCAGAGGGUGCACGGAAGUUCAUUGAAAUCAGUCAGGCAUGGAAGAUACUGGGAAACGAGGAGACGAAGCGAGCCUAUGACCUGCGGCGGCGUGAUGGAGAAAUGACCCGAUCAUUCCCCGUGGACAAUCAGAUUCACAUUGAGGACAUGAUAUGGCAUGAAGAUGAAGAAUAUUACUACUUCUCCUGUCGUUGUGGGGGACAAUAUAUUGCUGUCAAGAGUGACUUACAACAAACGUCUUUGGUGAACUGCGACUCCUGCUCGUUGAUUAUAGAAAUCUUGCAAGCAGCGCAGAGAUGACACCUGGAAUCUCCUGGACUGUGGCUCGCUGUACAUAGAGGAUUAGGGGGGUCUUUGAAAUGAAAUAAAAUCUCAUCUUGUUUUGA